GUAUUCGCAGGCCAUGGUGACGCAGAUGUGAUGGCUAGUUUGCUUGAUCAUAUUCAUGCUUGUGGUUAGUCAGUCGCGUGUGUAGAAGGGACCGACCUUCCCUUCGUAUAUCGUUAAGAGUAAGCGACACCAUGCCGGUGACUUAUGACUUUUUGAUCGUUGGCAGUGGUCCCGCUGGCAGCGCUGUAGCGGCUGGACUGGCGAACUCUGCAAAGAAACCGAAGGUGCUUCUGCUUGAGGCCGGAGGCGACAAUGAGGAUCGGAAUUGCCGUGUCGACAGCCAACGAUGGUUUACCUUGCGGAAUCAGGACAUGAACUGGAGAUACAAGACAGUGCCUCAAGAACACUGUCUUAAUCGAGAGAUUGACUACCCGAGAGGCCGAGGUGUGGGGGGUUCCAGUGCCAUCAACUUCAGUAUCUACAACAUCGGCGCUCAUGAUGAUUAUGAAGAAUGGGCUAGGUUCGUGGGCGACGAUACGUUCCAAUGGAAAAAGAUGCAUCAGAGAUUCAAGGACUUGGAAACCUUUCACGGUGGGCUUCCAGAAGGCGUCGAUAAGAAAUAUGCUGCGCCAAAGCUGUCCGAUCACGGAACAUCAGGACCUAUCCACGUAGGUUAUGCAGCAGAAUGGGAGGAUGACGUGCUACCACUGCUCGAUCUGUUUCAAGAGGCUGGGUUUCCUCUUAACCCUGAUCAUAACUCUGGAGACCCGCUGGGCAUGUCAGUGUUGAUCAACUCGGCUCAUCGUGGCAUUCGUUCCACGGCAAAGGACUUAUUAGUCCCGUUACCGGAGAACAUGACCAUCGUGACCAACUUUCCGGUGCAACGCAUCAUAUUUAAAGGCAAGAUGGCUAUAGGUGUCGAGUCUAACGGCAAGCAAUAUUUGGCCUCUAAGGAGGUCAUUCUAUCCGCUGGUGCUUUAGAUACUCCAAGAGUCCUCAUGCAUUCUGGAAUCGGGCCUGCAAAGUGCCUGGAAGAAUUCAAUAUACCAGUAGUUCUAGACAUGCCCGCGGUUGGGCAAGGGCUUCGCGAUCACGUGGCCUGCCCCCUAAUGUAUACACGAACCGAGAACAGCACCUCUCGCAAAGCCUUCUAUGGAGAUAAAAAUACUAUGGACGACGCCUUGGAGCAAUUGAAGGUAGAGUGCACCGGGCCUUUCUCUAAGUUCGCCUGCCAAAUGGGAAUCGGCUGGUUCAAGUCAGACAAGCUGAUUUCCUCAGCCGAAUUUCAAGAACUACCAGUCGACGAAAAGGCGUUCCUGCUCCGGGAAACCGUGCCGCACUACGAGAUCAUGACACAUUUCCCAAUGCAUUGGUUGAUUCCCGGCUUUCGGAACGAAGACCUCAACUAUUCUUGCAUAUUAGUCUGGUACUACAAUGCCCAAAGCCGCGGCGAAGUCACCCUGCAAUCCUCCGAUCCCAACGUCCCCCUGAAAUUCGACCCCAAAUUCCUCGCCCACCCCUUCGACCGCCGCGCAGCUAUCGAGGCGCUACGGGAAGCACUUCGUUUCACCCAAUACGAAGAUUACGCUAAGGACAAUGUGGUUGAGUUAUCUGCACCGAAGUCCCACACGGAUGAGGGUUUACUGGAACACUGGAGGCAGACCCUCGUAUCGACGGGGCACAUGGCUGGGACAGUCAAGAUGGGUCAGCUGGGUGGGGUGGAUACUGUGGUAGACAGCGACUUCCGGCUCGUGGGAAUUGAGGGUCUGCGUGUGGCAGAUAUGAGCGUUGUUCCCAUCUUGCCCAGCUGCCACACGCAGUCUGUUGCGUACGUUACGGGGAUGACGUGUGCUGAGAAGUUGGUGGCGCAAUACAACCUUGCAUGAUUUGAUCUGCUCCUUUCCAGGAAUUAUCCACUACCUUGACCUCAGUGGUAAACUGCACUGCCACCAUCGUUAAGGCAUAUGGACAAGGUCGUUUGGAUGCUUGAUGGCGAAAUACCGAGGGCCGCGUUUCCUCUUAGUGAGCUCUACCCAAGUAGGACUGGAUGGGAGAAAUGCUCCCG